AGGAGUCCGCGGAGGGAAGGCAGGCUCCAGGAGCUCCGGGACGCAGAGGCCGUGCUGCUGUCAGACGGCGCAGACAUGUCGGAACAAAGUAAGGACCUGAGCGAGCCCGGCUUUGCAGUCGAGGCCGCCCACCCCGAAGUGCAUAGCAGCCCCGGGGUUUCGGUGGGGGUCCCUCCUGCAGACCCCUCGGCCGCCGCCACCCUCGCCGGGCCACAGAGUCCUCCUCCAGGCCCGAUGGCCGCCUCGCCAGAGGCACUGAUGUCCCAAGACCCGAGCGAUGAGAGCGACCCAAAGGCCCUGCUGCAGGCUGCAGAGGAGGGCUGCGCCCACCAGGCCCAGAGCGAGGCCCAACUGAGCCCAUCCCCGCCUGACCCGGCCCAGCUGGUGCAGAAGGCACAUGAGCUCAUGUGGUACGUGUUGGUGAAGGACCAGAGGAAGAUGGCCAUCUGGUUUCCAGACAUAGUGCAGGAUGUCAUCGGCAGCUACAAGAAGUGGUGCCGAAGCAUCCUCCGGCGCACUAGCCUCAUCCUUGCCCGAGUCUUUGGGCUGCACCUGAAGCUAACCAGCCUGCAAACCAUGGAGUUUGCGCUGGUCAAGGCGCUUGAGCCGGAGGAGCUGGAAAGAGUGGCACUGAACAGCCACAUGCCCAUGAUGGGCCUCCUGCUCAUGAUCCUUAGCCUCAUCUACGUGAAGGGCCGAGGAGCCCGGGAGAGCGCAGUCUGGAAUGUGCUGCGCAUCCUGGGGCUGAGGCCCUGGAAGAAGCAUUCCACCUUCGGCGACGUGAGGAAGGUCAUCACUGAGGAGUUCGUCCAGCAGAAUUACCUCAAGUACCAGCGUGUGCCUCAUGUGGAGCCCCCCGAGUAUGAGUUCUUCUGGGGCUCCCGAGCCUGCAGAGAAAUCACCAAGAUGCAAAUCAUGGAGUUCCUGGCCAGGGUCUUUAAGAAAGAUCCCCAGGCGUGGCCUUCCCGAUACAGGGAGGCUCUGGAGGAGGCCAGAGCCCUGCGGGAGGCACAUCCCAAUGCCCACUGCCCCCGCAGCAGUGUGUCCGAGGACUAGCGAGCUAUUGAGGCUGAUGGAAGUUUCCAACCCCCACCAGGGCUGUGGAAGGGUGGGGGCGGCUCGUUAGAGUAUUCAGGAUUUACAGUGCAGUAUUUCACGUGUAACCUUUCCAUUUUCAGUACAGUGCUUUUAUACCUUUUAAUGCCAUGUUGUAUUCACUUGGGUACUAUCGAGUAGUGUCUAGCAUUUAUGCAUGUGUGUUUAUACGUAAGCUCUGUUGGUGCUUCGCUUCUGUGCUACCUUUCUUGAAUUUUUGUACCAGAGACGUGCUAAACUUUGAAAAUACAUUGAGAAAUUUUCCAUCUUAUUCUUUUCUAUGGGACGGAUGCUUUGUACUGGGGUAGACUGCACCUGGCGAGUGUGGAAGAUCUCACCAGCAAAGCUGGCCUAACCAAGAGAACAGCCCCUGUGUAUGACCUCGCUGGGCACAGGCAACAUCUGGAAUGAACUGCUUAGAACUGAGAGGGUCCCAGUGUGGGCACUUGGCACACUUUACUAAACAUAUAUACAACCCACGAUUAAACUCUAAACAUUAAAGAUCCUUGUGAUA